AUCCACUGAGCCAAACCGGUUUGGCUGGAAAGCAGCUUUUAAAUUAGAACAAAUGUGCCCAGGCUCAGUUGGGGCACUUAUAGGAGGGAACUGGAUUGAUGUUUCUCUCUCUCCCUUCCUCUCUAAAAUCAAUAAUAAAUACAUUAAAUUAAAUAUAUUAGAACACAUGCUCUUAGCUGUCACUCUGGGCCGGACAGUUCUCAGUGCUUUGCACAUAGUAACUCAUAAAUUCAUUGGAGCAGCUAUGUGAUGGGUGCCCUGGUUAUCUCCAUUUGUGGGUGGGAAAACUGAGGCACAGAGUACUAGUAAUGGACCUGUAAUCUCACGGUGGAUGACUUCCAAUAUCACGCAAAUGGCCUUAAGCAAAAGGAGCAGCACCUGCAGAGCUGAGAGAUGCCAGUCCUUGGUAAGGGGACUGGGGUCUACACUCUGGGGAGCGUGUAGGGGACAGGUGUGUGGGGUGAGGCUGAAUCGGGAGUACCAGGGAGAGGGCAGGCUAGGGUGAAGGGACUGGGCUUGAGAGGUGCUGGGAGAGGGCCAGAGCAACUGGAGUCAGUGACUGACUGUGGUGGGUGGUGGCAAGGGACAGUGGAGCUGGUGGGGCCAGGUGCCAGGCUGCAGGGUGGGCAGAGGGAGGACAACCUGGUCCAGAAUUAGACACCCUGCAAGUCUAUCAGUAUGGCCAUCUGAGCAGGAGAGAGGCCUGGUGCCCUCUGAGCAUGAAUUAUCAGGAGGGGCUCACCAAAGGCACCAGGGAGAGCUGGGUUGACUCUAGGACUUGGGUUCAAGGGGAAGUGUUAUCAUGUGGGUGUUGGGGGCAGAGUCAAUUCAGGGGCUCAUCAACUUCAGGCUCAGUCCUGGUCCUGCACUGCCUGCCUCUCCCCUCCCCCACCCCUUGGCCCCUGCCAGAACAUGGCACUGGGCCCAUUACUGGAGUUGGCUGGUUGUGUUUCAGAACAAAGUUCUGGACGUGGAUGGCAUGAAGGUGAAGCUGCAGAUCUGGGACACAGCUGGCCAGGAGCGGUUCCGCAGCGUCACCCAUGCCUACUAUCGUGAUGCACAUGCACUGCUACUGCUCUAUGAUGUCACCAACAAGGCUUCCUUUGACAACAUCCAGGCCUGGCUGACCGAGAUCCACGAAUAUGCGCAGCACGACGUGGUGCUCAUGCUGCUAGGGAACAAGGUGGAUUCUGCCCAGGAGCGCGUGGUGAAGAGGGAGGAUGGGGAGAAGCUGGCCAAGGAGUAUGGGCUGCCUUUCAUGGAGACCAGUGCCAAGAUGGGCCUCAACGUGGAUCUGGCCUUCACAGCCAUAGCAAAGGAGCUGAAGCAGCGCUCCAUGAAGAGCACCAGCGAGCUCCACUUCCAGCUGCACGACUAUGUCAAGAGGGAGGGCCGCAGGGCCUCCUGCUGCAGACCCUGAACCAGGGAAAGCUGGUCGACAGGGCCCUCUACUGGUCACCCAGCGGUCAAUCAAUCCCAGGGUUUCCGGGACUCUCGGGCUGAGCCUAGCCCUUCCCUUGUCUGUGUUGCAGUCUGUAUAACCUCAGUCCUAACAAAUGGGCUCCAGAGAGCUAGCGGGUCUGCAGCCCUUUCACUUGCUGCCGGAGAGCCUUACCCCCAAGGCCUUCACAGAAAAGCAACUGUAGGAAGGGACGCACUGUGCAGGGCACUUGGUGCUCUCUGCUGCCCCCUCCUGGACAUACUCAGUUUUUAGGCAGCAGUUUCUAACCCCUUACAAGCCAUGUCUUCAGCUGCACAUGCUGGCUGCCCAGGCAGAGAAUGGCAGGACUCCUGACCAGGCCCCAGGCAGAGGACUUCACUGAGAAUCACAUGCGUUUGUGCCAAGGGCCAGGGGCACGUGCUCCCGGCCCACCCACUAGGAGGCUCUGGUUCAAUCAACAGGAUCUUUUCUCACGUCCCCUUGGAGGAUGCCAAGAUGUGGCUUUAUAAUACGAGAAAUAGCAUGUGGCAAAUCACAAAAAUGUCAGGUACACUGGGACCACCAGCCCUCGCCUGCUGACGAAGGUACUGUCUUCACACAGCUGAGGCCUGUACUUGGCGAGGUCAAGCUGAGAGGGCUGAUAAUGCACUACACCUUACACUAAAAUCUCCAAGCCUGUUGAGAGAGAGCCUUUGUUUUCAGCCCUAGCGAAUAAAGUUGUGUUUUCUGGA